CUGUUAAUACUGUUGGAGCAUAUGUUCUGGUCACAAAGGCAAAGAAUUUCGGUAAAGACGUAUACUUUGUACAAGUAAAAUCAAGUGCGCCUUUGAUACAGAAGCCAACUUUAAGACGUACACGCUCCAUUGACACACAACAUGAAGUUUCAAAUGUCCAUCACCAGAUUGCUCUGUCUUACACUGCUUGUACUGAAGACCGCCUACUGCAUGGCAAAGUCACUAGAUGGAAUCGACAAGACAACCGGUGCCGUGGACGCCAGUCGAGAGAAGCGUGGCGUUUUAAAUAGUGACUCUAAAGAGGAAGCCUUAUCAAAAUUUAUAAACACACUAAAUGCCUCCCCAGCGGAUGAGUCUGAAGUAGCGAAAAGAGGCUGGCAAAAGUUCAAUUCAUGGGGUAAAAGAGUAUUGGUUAAUCUUUCCCCAUGGGGUAAACGGCGCUGGGCUCGUCUUCAGUCGUGGGGUAAGCGAUCCAUCGAUCCGUCUGCAAUUGACGAAACUGGCAAAGACGACAUCGAUUCGGAAAUAACACCGGAACAAGCAUUACUAUACAAUGAGGGCGACAAACGUGGAUGGAAAGACAUGGGGACGUGGGGAAAACGUGAUCCUACAGACGAAUUAACAGAUGCAGGACUUGAAGACGUAGAUAAACGAAAAUGGACUGGUUACGCAUCGUGGGGAAAACGUGAUGAUGAAAAUGUCUCCGAUGAUCUGUUGCCAAAACGAAAGUGGAACCAACUUAGUGCAUGGGGAAAGCGUGCAGAAGCGCUAACAGCUGAUCAACUAGAGGCCAUCAAGCGGAAGUGGAGUAGUAUGGCAUCGUGGGGAAAGCGAUCAAAUUGGAGUGGCUUCAAUUCAUGGGGGAAACGGAACCCUUGGUCGAACUUGGCUACAUGGGGGAAACGUUCAAAAUGGAGUGGCUUUAAUUCAUGGGGGAAACGCAACGCGGCGGACGACUUAGAGCAGUAAGCGAGUAAAAUAGUGAUUUUCCUGAAAUUGCAAGCUCCAACUUGUGAAUAAUCCCGUCACAACGACAUCAACACACCAACAAUUUAGUAGUGCGAUACAAACCAAACUCACGUAGAUGCAAAAGAGCUCUGACUACUUUUCAUAAUUGUAACAAAAGCCGCGGAUAGAAGAGGAAUAUGGUCCCUGUUAAUGAAAAAACAAUACUAACAAAACAAACAAUAAGUGAUAAUGCAAUGCACUUUUUCGUAUCUCACAAGAUGUCGAUCGAUACUUAGAACAUAAGUUAAGAACCACUGAUUAUUAAGAACACAAGUUAAGAACCGCUGGUUGUCUUUUUAGAUGCGAUUCUUUAGAAACCUAUAUAAGAAGUGUUUGAACAUUGGACGUUGGCCAAGGAACAUUUAUACAAAUGUGAUAAAAUUGAUGAACAUUUUGUAAGAACAACGUAUCUAAUAUGAUUGAUUCUAUCAAUUCAUACAUUCGCAGACAUAUCAUACCUUGAUAUUUGGGUAUUAAUCAUUUCUAUAUUUAUGUGUUUGACAUUUGAUAAUGGUAUGUGAAGAAAAACAAGUAAAAUAUUUUUCGUAUCCACUC